AAAUAAAUUAUUUUUUUUUAAAAAAGUUUUACCUGCUAUGGAACCUGGGCCUCACUGCAGAGCUGAGCCUGGAAGCCCUUGAGAGAAACACCACCUAGCCCCUCCCUCACCAGCACCCAGGCUGAGCAGUUUCUAGGUUUCCUUCCCUCAAAGGUUCUCCCGAGAGGGUCCCAGGUCAGUGCUGGAGGUUGGGGAGAUGCCCACAGAGCCACAGCAGACCUAGAGGUAGUACCUGGCUUCAGGGUUCCUGAGGUACCUGUGGCACCCCAGACACAGACCCUGGGUCUGCAAGGCUCAACUUGUCCGCGUGUCCCCAUUGCUCUCACGCCAGGGGCAGCUUGGAGUCUGGCUUCUAGGCCCAGCUCUCUCCCCCUCCCCCGCCUCCCACCCCUUAUGGAUUUCACAGGAGUAUUGACUUGGAGCCAGGUGGAUUUGUCUUGGUCCUGGCUGGGUACAAGGUAAAACAGGGCAGACCUUUCCUGAGCCUCCAUUUCCUACUUUGUCCAAGGGAAGGGACCAGUGCCGUAGAGCUGUGAGGUAAAUGAUCUGUGGCUUGGGCAGAGGCCUCAGCCAUCAGUCAUGUCCGGUUCUGCAUCCCCAGGAGUCCCCCACCUCUGUCGCUUCUUCUGGUGGCCUUUGCUUACUCCCUCAGCAAUGCCCUCUUUCCUCUCCUCCGCCCCUCACCCCCAAGCCCACCAUCUUGUUCACCAGCUUGUACCAUGAAUUGCUCCCUGGAUGCUUGGGUGUUCUCAUGACACCUUUGUCCUCUGCUUUAUGUGAGAGAGCUAGUAGCUAGUCCCCAGGUAAAACCACGGAGCUGCCAGGUCCCAGAAUUCUCCGGGUCACUCCGCUGUGGCCAGGAAAACAUAGAAAGUGAGACUCGGAAGAGGGUAGGGACUGUCCCCUGGUUACAUAAAACAUCCAGCUAGAGGCUGGUGCUGGGUCUCCUGACUGCUGAAUACACACACACACACACCGUUUCUAGCUCACCCCAUUCUUCCCCACAUAGGCCGCUGGGAGUGAGUGGCACCUCCUACACCUGCCUCCUACACCCUGACCUGUGACCCUUAGGAGACGACUUCUCUAACCGCUGAUCCUAGGGAAUGAACUCACACAGAGAUUCUUACCCAGGGGUCUCAGGUGUGGCAAUUGUGCCCCCUCCGCUGCUGGUAUGUUGCUGGUUAGGAACCAGGUUUUGUGUAGACGCCUGAGGACAUGGUUACACGAUCUUUCUAGUGAAGGGGCCUCACUAAGGUACGCGUGCCCUUGAGCCCAGGAAGGGGAGACAGCAGCCAUGGGACAGAGUGAGGGGGGCAUCAAUUCCUGCUUCUCCUGUUCUGUUUACAGACAAGCUGCUGUCCUUCCUGGGCAAGGGGGAGCAGGCAGGGCAGAGGACCGUGCCAAGGUGGCACGAGGCUGGGCAUGUGCCUGGGCUGAGAUGGUAUUUACAGAAUGACACAUGCCUGGAGGUGCCACUCUGAGGACCCCAGACCCCACCGGAGCAUCUUCCUUUCUUUAGAAGCUGACCUCUGACCCCGGGAGCAGCCAGCAUCUAGGUACCCCAACCCCCGCCCUGGACUCAGAGCCCCCCCUCCACCAGUGAGUCUUGGCUCUGCUUAUAGCAUCUGACGCCAGAGGGGCUGAAAAUAGUCCCUGGAAGAGGGGGAGCAGUGGGAGAAGGGGGCUAUUUAAAGGGCUCCGGAGGAGCCAGGCGUAGCAGAGGGAGCAAGAAGGGAUCAUGGCCACUUCAGAGCUGAGCUGCCAAGUGUCUGAGGAGAACCAGGAACGCCGGGAAGCCUUCUGGGCUGAGUGGAAAGAUCUGACUCUGUCAACCAGGCCGGAAGAGGGAUGCUCCCUGCAUGAGGAAGAUACUCAGAGACAUGAAACCUACCACAGACAGGGACAGUGUCAGGCCGUGGUACAACGCUCACCCUGGCUGGUGAUGCGCCUGGGCAUCCUAGGCCGUGGGCUGCAGGAAUACCAGCUGCCGUACCAGCGGGUGCUGCCGCUGCCCAUCUUCACCCCCACCAAGGUGGGAGCUGCCAAGGAGGAGCGCGAGGAGACCCCCAUCCAGCUGCGGGAGCUGCUGGCACUGGAGACAGCCCUGGGCGGCCAGUGCGUGGAGCGCCAGGACGUGGCUGAGAUCACCAAGCAGCUUCCCCCCGUGGUACCUGUCAGCAAACCCGGGGCCCUGCGGCGUACCCUGUCUAGAUCCAUGUCUCAGGAAGCUCAGAGAGGCUGAGACGGACUCCGGCUCCACCGUGUCUGCCUGGGGCUGGGCCCUUCCUGGCUAGGACCAUGGAGGAGAGCUGCUUGCUGGCCAUGGCCGCUUUGUAGUUUGCCCAGAGGUGGGGGCUAUGGGAGGAGGGAGCCAGAGGCCAGGAUGCCUAGGUGUCCUGAGUUCCCAAAGGAAGGGGAGCAAAGAUGGUGGACCCUAGAUGUGGAGAGCUGAGUACCCUCAGCCCCAGAAGAAGGGACAAGAGAUAUUGACGAGGGCGAGAGGCCCCUGGAAACAGACCUGUUCGGUUACAGAAACGGAGUAGGACAAAAAAAAAGGGAUCUGGAAUGUUCUGGGAAGGAAUCUUGAAGACUAGAGGGAGGGGGAUGUGAAGAGGGCAGGAGCAGGGCAGGCCCCCAGCACCCUCUGUUAGCACUGCAAUAAAUGCUCAGCCAUG